AAUUGUGAAUCCGUCAAUGUAUCGUCGCGGCACGAAGAACUGGGACGUUGGCCCGGAACAGUGACAGUUACAUUCUGAGGAUUCAGGCCAACCCCAUUACGUAACCAUGAUUGAUCAACAGCAGCAGCUUGGUUUCUUUCCCAUGGAAAUGAAAUGUUCGAUGCCGAACGGUUCAGUCGGUGAUGGCCUCACAGGCCUACCGCCAGCAAAUGAAAAUAACAACAAUUUAAACAACGUCAUCAAUAACAACACCGGAAACACCGGCGGACCCAAUAGCGGUGCCAACAACAAUAGUUGUAGUGCUGGUAAAACAUCCUCACUACAAGCAACCUGUUCACCGGUGCAAUCAACCGCAGCUGUGACCACACCGCCAGCCUCCGGCCAGGUCCCAGCCAUGGGUGCAUCACUGGCCGAGCGCCUGGUGGCAGCCGUCGGGGUGGGAGCGGCGGCCACCGUUGAAGCCUUGUCAACAACCCAAUCGAGUGCGACAACAGGCUCGGGAAAUGCAAACGCCACCACCCUCUGUGGUCAGUGCUGCAGCCCCAUCUGCGAUCGAUACAUAAUGAAAGUUGUGGACAUAUCGUACCAUGAACGCUGUUUGCAGUGCACUUCCUGUGCCAUCCGGCUGAUGCAUUCCUGUUUUGUGCGUGAUGGGAAGCUGUACUGUCGGUUCGACUACGAGAGAUUGUACGGCCGGAACAGAUGUCUAGGAUGUGGUGAGAAGAUUGGCGCAGACGAGUUAGUAAUGCGAGCGCUGGAUAACGUGUUCCAUCUCAAGUGCUUUAUCUGCGUGGUGUGCGGCGUGCGGCUGCAGAAGGGCGAUCAGUACGUCAUCAAGCAGAGCCAGCUGUUCUGCCGGCCGGACUACGAGAAGGAGGUGGAAAUGCUUCAAGGAUACAAUUACGAUGAUUAUUGCUGUGAUGACAUUUUUCAAACGAGAAUCGACGGCCGACGUGGACCGAAACGACCUCGCACUAUUCUGACCACCCAGCAGAGGAGAGCCUUCAAGGCGUCAUUUGAAAUAUCACCCAAACCAUGUCGGAAGAUUCGGGAAGGGCUGGCCAAGGAUACGGGUCUUAGCAUACGGAUAGUGCAGGUGUGGUUUCAAAAUCAACGUGCCAAGAUGAAAAAGAUGCAAAAGAAGCAGCUCAAGGAUGGUAACAAGGCGAAUCACAGUAACAGUAACAAAGGAAACGAGUCACAGGACGAAUUAUCCGAAAGCGAAUCAAAACUGCCGCUCAAAAUCAAGGAUGAAAAUUCAAGAUCUAACAAUUAUCUUCACGACAGCUGUAGCGACACCGAGGGGGGUGUCAAUGAUGGUGAUUCCUUUGGAUCCCGGAUCAGUGCAGGUGCAGAGGCAUUCAAACCGGUCAAAGAAGAACUCGACAUGGAUGAGGAAUAUUUCCGUCUGAUGACCGCCGCUACGCGAUUCGGAGGGAAAAGUUUUGAAGAUCCCUCGAACAUUGUGAAAAGUGAAAAUAUUCCACUCAACACAAUGAUCGGCAUGGAGUACCCUUCGCUGCAACAACUGACAACAUCGAUGACCCCUACCCACGCCCAGCUGUUGAAUCCGAUUGAUCGGCUUUACUCGAUGCAAAACUCAUACUUCUGUGGUCCGGACAACGGUGCCACCCCGCCGUGCAGCAACGGAUCCGACCACCAUUCCCAUCAUCCGGGCUCGAGUGCUCUCCAUCACCAUCAGGGGUCGCCUCCGAACGGCGGAACGCCAACUGGACCUGGACUACAUCAUCCUCAUCCACCAGGGCCGCCAACGCUGCUACAUCCUGGCCAUCCGCUACAUCCACUUCAACAGCAGCACCAGCACCAUCUCCACCACCAUCAGCAGCAACAGCAACCGUAAAUCAAUCAAACUGGCUUUGAACAUGUGAUUUUCGGAAUAUAAAACAUGGAAACACACGUUAAGGGUAUGCGACACACUGAUGAUUUCUUCGUUGAUGUUUCGAAACAAGAAUUAUAUUUUUGUGUUGUUGAUAGUGCCCAUUUGAUUCACUACUUGACUAUCGUAUAGGUUUGGCAAGUGCUGUAUAUAUGGCAUCAAAACAAACGGAGUCUUCAGAGCAUUUAUGCUACAAAGAUCGAAGUAAUAACGCAUUGAAGGCACCAAUUCGAUUUGAUACGAUUCAGAACUUUUAUUCACGUUUCCGCUUUUAUGAAGACUGAUACCGCAGUGCAGUAGUGAACGAAACACACAAUAUAAGCGAUGACUACUUUAUCAUAAUCACUACCAGAACUGUUGCAAAUCGAGAGACGCUGUUUGUAGCGCACCCCAUGAACAAAGGCUGAACUAUUCAUGAGAGCGUGUAGCUCAAUGCACUGCUCUCGGCAGCUUUCAACGUUUGUAUGAAAAGAGUAACAA